GGUGUCAAUCAUCCAGUGAAGUAGGCGGGUCUAGUGGAAAAAUGGCGACCUUAUCUGUCGGAGAGCCUCAAGAGAUGGAAGUUGACCGGAGGGGUGAGUCUGAGGAAUCUGGGGAUGAUGAGACCAAGAGGAAGAGUUUCAAUGGUGAGGUUGACUCCCUACAAGCGCCUUCAACUGUACCAGAGGAAUCACCAGUUGACAUGGACACAAUAACCUUAGACCCAGAUGAAGAGGAUGUCGAUCUGGUCCAUUGUCGGAUUGGGAAGAUUGAGGGUCUGGAGGUUCUUAAGAAGGCAAAGACAAUUUCUCUCAGACAAAACCUCAUCAAAUGUAUUGAGAACUUGGAAAGUCUUGGCACAUUGAAGGAAUUCGACCUUUAUGACAACCAGAUCCGCAAACUAGAGAAUCUUCAGGCGUUAACAGAGCUUGAGCAGCUUGAUGUAUCAUUCAACAUUUUGAGGAAGAUUGAGGGAUUGGAUUGCCUCACAAAACUCAAGAAGCUCUUCCUGCUUCAUAAUAAGAUAUCAGGCAUUGCCAAUCUGGAUCAACUGACGGGCCUCCAGAUGCUUGAACUGGGCUCUAACCGCAUCAGGGUUAUCGAGAAUCUGGAUUCUCUUGCUGCUUUGGAUAGUUUGUUCCUUGGCACAAAUAAAAUUACUCGGCUACAGAACCUUGAUGGACUGCACAGUCUGACCGUUCUCAGUAUCCAGAGUAACCGGAUCACAAAGUUGGAGGGACUUCAGAAUCUUUUCAAUUUGCGUGAGCUCUACUUGAGUCAUAAUGGCAUUGAAGUCAUAGAGGGCCUGGAGAACAAUAAAAAGCUGACAACUUUGGACAUUGCUGCAAACAGGAUAAAAAAGAUUGAAAAUAUCAGCCACUUGACAGAUUUAAAAGAAUUUUGGAUGAAUGACAACCAGAUUGAGAACUGGGCAGACUUGGAUGAACUUAAGAAUGCCAAAGGUCUAGAGACUGUCUAUCUGGAGAGAAACCCUCUGCAGAAGGACCCUCAAUACAGACGCAAGAUCAUGCUAGCACUGCCCAGUGUCAGGCAGAUUGAUGCCACCUACAUCCGUUUCUGACCAUCCACCCAACCCCAUUGUGUCCUUUCUCACCCAGCCAUCCUCUGCACAUUAUAAACACACCACCACCAUCUUUUCCACAUGAAGCAUUGUCCUCAACUCCUGCCAUAUUUAUCACUUAUUUAAAAAAAAAAAAGAAAAAAUCUCACACUCCUAGUGUUGCCAUUCCAUGUGCUGGCACCUUUUACUCCUACACAGAGACUAUACCCAUGCCCUGACUUAUGCUAUAGAGUGAAUGCUUGUUAAUUUAUUUUCAGCUUAGCAACUUGCAAGAUGCUGAUACCUGCUGUUUGGAAAUGUUCAGAAGGGUGACCAUGGCAUUUUGUUUAGAAAACAAUGUAACUAUUCCAACCAUCCUAGUAACAUCCUAUAUAGGACAGAGGCAUUUGUUUAACAUCUGAUGUUUUUUUGCCCUGUAUAAUUUCUUUUUACAUUCAGAUACUGCAGAAGAUGGUGUGAGAAUUGUUCUUUUCUCACAUCUGAUCUAGCAUUGAACACCACAAGAACUGCUUCCUUGAUGGGUAAAUAGGCCACUCUGAAGUAGAUUCAACUUGCAUAUCAGUUUUGUUUAUCAUGUAUCUUGUUGCAGCAGUAAGUUAAAAGACUGCUGUGUCGAUUAAAAGCAUUUUUUAA